UUUUUUUUUUUUUUUUUUUUAAGUUAAAUAUGGUGUUAUUGAUUGGGGCAAAAAUGUUUAAUGUGCAAAAAGUUGCUUCCUUCGAUUAAAAGUAAUGCUUAGUUUUAUACAAUUUUUUGGCUCAUUAAAUGGUUCAUUUUUUUAAUUCAUGGUCACGGUAUAAGAGCAUACUUUAUUGUCCUGUUUUAUUCACAUAGUGAAAUCUCCUGUUCUCCAGGCACAGGAAAAAAAAUUCGGUGCCUGGAGAAUAAUUAGUUAGAUGUGAAAAAAAUUUAGAGCUUAAAACUACUGUCCAAAAUAACUUAAUUUGGCCAGGGUGAAUUCAUAGUUUUGAAUGGACUUCAAAGGGGAAAUUUGCUUUUUGGCUUAUUAAACUGCAAUACCUCGAGUAACCACUGAAGUUUAUGAAUUUCACGGAGAAUGCCAAUCUCUGGUCCCCUGAUCGUUUAUAAACACAUCUUUCACCGAACAAAGUAAAAUAUAUUAUUGUCCUUCUAGAAUGUUUCAUUUUAGAAUUGCCAUGUGAAAAGAAUACUCCGCAUUAAUCGCUGUUUUUGUCUUUCCUGACAUUGUGUUUACCGGAGUACCACUGUACUCCGUGUAGCGGCGCACACGAAUUUUACGAGCGGAUAGUUUUACAGUUUUUUCAAAGACCGGUUAGUUUAACAGCAGUGUUGAACGCACGUCUUUGCUCGUUGCAGUACACAUUACGUGGUUGCUUAGCAACCGAUUUUAUCAACAGUAUAGCUAAACGAAUGGAACUUGUAUUUCACUACAAUUUCACAUAUUUCCGCCAUCUGAAGACAGAUUUCUUCAGCCUUAUUCUUUUGAUAAUUUAACGCCUUCCAGAUUUUCGUCCUAAUGUGUCGGCUAGUCUCUGAAUUCCAGUGGUGGCCAGUGCGAGAGUAGCUACAAUGACCACCAGUAAAGCGAAGGCUGCAAUCAGAAAAGUGAACGCAUUCCUCCAGGAAUGGGACCAGGGCAACAACGCAGUGCGCAAACGCAUGCUGACUGCUUUCCUCAAGCAGAAUGAGGGCAAGACCUGCCCUGAGCUGGAGGUGGAGUUUGCACAGGUCGCCAGUCUUUUUCUGGUCCGGCUCACUUCAUGGAUUAAGCUUACCUAUAUGUCUGGGUCAUUUUUAGGGCUUAAGCUUAAAGCAGUGGGUGUGUUCCUGUCCGCAUCGAGCAAUCAUCGCUACUUAAUUGAGUUCAUUGAGGUUGGAGGAGUUCUGACUCUUUUGGAAAUCCUGGGACAGGAAGACAUAAGUGAUGAGGAUAAAACAGAAGCUCUCCUCAUGCUACUGACUGUCUCGAAUGCCGGACAGAAAUUCAAAGAGCUCAUCUGUGAAAGCCAUGGGGUUAAAGCCAUUGCUGAGUGCUUGGUGAAUUCAGAAGCGGAGAACACCCAAGAAACAGCCUGCAGCCUGCUUGAGUCUCUGGCCCACAGUAACCACAGAUUUCAAGGCCAGGUGUACAAAGGCUUAGUGACUCUGCUGAGUUGCAAUUCCCCCAAUGCCCAGCAGCUCGUCCUGCAGACACUCCGCGUUGUACAGGAAAUUGUGAAGACAGCACAUCCAUGCAUUGUGGAACCAUUGUUGACCUUGUUGAAAUCUUUUCAUCUUGAAGUGCAAUAUGAGAAUCUGGAGCUGAUCAGAGAUUUGACCAAGUAUGAAGUGAGAGAGGCUCUACUGAGAGGUCUGGUGGCCUUACUUAAACCUGCAAAAGAAGGCAUUCAGAGGCACAUCAUCAUUGAAGAAAUGGCCGAGAUGAUGGAGUCCUUGCCAGUGUUUGUUCAACAGGCAGCAGCAGCUAGAGCCAUAAGGAUGCUGUCUCAGGAGAGCCAGGAGCUGUCCCAGGAUCUUCUUUCCCUUGGUGUAGUGCAUCAUUUGCUGUAUGCCAUGGGUAAUAAGGAGCAUACGGACACUCAGCGACAGGCCAGCAUUGCCCUGGAGCACUUUGUCCGCAUGAACGCGGUUGUGGAGGAGCUUGUACGUAAAGUGAUGGGAAUUGAAUUGUUUGAAUUAUUUAUGAAUGACGCUGAGGCUUUUUACUUGAAGAUUGAUGAUAUUCAAGCAGAUAUACUCUUGUCAGUCAGGGUGGACAUUCCUCAAGGUAAAACUUCAUCCAUUACUGAUGAAACUGACAGCUGAAAGCCUGUUCUUCAUUUGUUACAACUCCGUAAGCCAGGGGUUUUCAGUCUUAUUCAAAAAGUGCGAGUAUAGGGGAACUCUUUUGCUGUAGCACAGCACUAAAACAUCUCAAUCAACUAAUCAACGAAUCACAACCAUUUGUUGAAUAAAGUGUUUUUGUGCUGAGCCAUGAAAGAAAGCACUCGCACUGGCCCUUUUCGGAUAGGAGUGAAACCCCUUUGUGUAAGUUAUUCAACUUUCUUAGUGCCCUAGACAAGGAAUACAAGUUAAGUGCCUGUACAACAUUUCCUGAUUACCAGAGGAAAAAAUCUGAAAGUUGCCGACAUUUUUGUUUAUUUUAUUAUUAUUUGUUAAUAUUGCUGUAAACUACACACACAAUUCUGGACACAAAGUAGUAAAAAUACAAAUGAUGAUAUUAAAGAUAAUUAACACAAUACCUCUUUUUAAAAAAUGAGAAAUAUAUGACAUGGGACAUGAUGCACUAUAACUAACCGUUAAGUCCACCGAGAUUUUAAAUCCUCAUUUUCUGGUGUAGAAUGUUGUGCUCUUAUUUUGGGACAACCUGAAACAUGUUAGUUCAAAACGGGAAAGCCUCAGUAAUAUUUUCUCUUAUUUGGCCAUUUAUGAUGAUUAAUUGUUCAUACACUCAGUGUCACAGGAAAAUGAGGAAAUCGACUGAUGCCCAAGUUUCUGUGGUGGUUUGAAUGUCAAAUUGUCAGCAUAUUAUUCAAGCUACUGUCUCAAGAAAACCCUUUCCUGUGAUGCCAUCCAUUGUAUAUCAGUAAAAUGACUGCAAGUA